AUGGCAUGUAGCUUAUAUCAAGACAAGGCUUCCGAUCGCAAGCUCGCCAAACAUCUCGUCGCCCUCUAUCUCGAAGACCGUCCAGAGACGGGCGGCUUAGACAUUCUGCCUGUGCAAACCUUAACGGCCUACAUUUCGUUUGCACGGAACCACAUCCAUCCGGUGUUAACGGAAGAGGCAUGCGACGCAUUAGUGCGAGCAUAUGUGACGAUGCGUAAAGCGGGUGAAGACAGUCGGACGAGCGAGCGGCGGAUCACCGCGACCACCCGUCAGCUUGAGAGCAUGGUCCGACUCGGCGAAGCCCAUGCAAGGAUGCGCUUCAGUCAGACCGUCGACGUCGAGGAUGUCGAGGAGGCUAACCGGCUCAUCAGGGAGGCGCUCAAAGAAAGUGCCACUGAUCUGAUCACCGGCUUGAUUGAUCUCGAUCUCUUACAAACCGGACAAGGCUUGCACCAGCGGAAGUUAAUGGAAGACUGGAAGCGCGAAAUCCUGAAGCUUCUCGACGCUGCCCAAGCCCAAACGGCGCGUGGUGUGCGUUGGCCCGUGCUCCUCGAGCUGCUCGCGAACCAGUCCUCGAUCCCUAUCGACCCCGCCGAGUUCUCCGACGUCCUCAAAGCUCUCGUCGAGGAGGGCCUUAUCUCGAUCUCAGGCGAACGCGACAAACGCGUCAUCUUCCGCACUUCCUCCUUGAAUCCUGCUUAA